ACUUCCGUCUCUCGCGAAGCCAAGGACGGAGGCACUUCUCCCCCGACCGCGACCAAGGCGGAAGCAUCCGGAGAGAUUUGCUUUCUAAAGUCUACUAACUGGCUCCCACAGGAGAAGGAGAAGCCUCACAUCAUGGAACCUGUGACUUUGAAGGAUGUGACCGUCGCCUUCACAAAGUCCGAGUGGAGGAGACUGAGCUCUGAGCAGAAGGAUCUGUACAAGGAGGUGAUGCUGGAGAUUUACGGGAAUCUGCUUUCCUUGGCAGAAACAAAGCAAGAAAACGCCUGCGAUUCCUCCUGCCUCUUACACAUCCCUGGUCAGCAAGUCCUCAGCCAUCAUCUGCUUCAAGUGUCCCAAGGCUUAUGUGCGGAACAUCACUUCCAGUGCAACGGUCCCAGCCCAGGGCCUCAGAAGCAACCAGAGCAGCAGGAUUCUGAGAGCUGCCGGAGUGAAAACACUGAGAGUCAGGAGAGAGACAUCACCUCAAAAGGCUUGCGCAGAAGGUCAGUGGACAGAGAGACAUCAAUAGAACCCUCUAGCCCAACCCAGGAAGAGUCAGCACGUCCAAAAGAGGGCCACCCAGGGGCAGGUCUGGAGCCCACCUCAUGCCCAAGAGUUUUGAAGGAAUUUGAAACCUCAAGCUUUGGAGCAGUCACCCAUAGACACGGACCAGACUGUGACCCGGAGGCAAAUGUCAGCACAAGACAGAUCUCCUUUCUUGAGGAGAAGCCCCACGUGUGCAGUGAAUGUGGACAAGGUUUUAGCUGUAAGUCACAGCUCUUCAAACACCAGAUGACACACUAUUGGGAAACGUCUUAUGUGUGCCAGGAGUGUGGGCAAACCUUUCUUCGGAAGUCAUGUCUUCUUAGACACAGGAAAGCACACACUAAAGAAAAGCCCCAUGUGUGCAAAGAGUGUGGGCGAGCCUUUCACUGGAAAUCACAGCUCCUCGUACAUGAGAGGAUACACUCUGGGGAAAAGCCCUAUGUGUGUAAGGAGUGUGGGCGAGCGUUUAGCCAGAAUUCAAGGCUUCGUGUGCACGAGAGGACCCACUCUGGGGAAAAUCUACAUGUGUGCAAGGAGUGUGGGAAAACCUUUGUCUGGCUGUCCAAGCUCAUCAUACACCAGAGGACCCACUCUGGGGAGAAGUCAUAUGUGUGUAACAAGUGUGGGCAAGCCUACAGCAUGAUGUCCUCCCUUUUUGUCCACCUGAAGAGACACUCUGAGGAGAGACCACAUGUGUGCAAACAGUGUGGACGAGCAUUUUUAUGGAAGUCAGAACUCCUUACACACGAGAAAACUCACACUGGGGAAAAGCCACAUGUGUGUAAGGAGUGUGGGCGAGGUUUUAGCCGGAAGGCAAAUCUAAAGCAACACCAGAGAAUACACUCCGGUGACAUGCCAUAUGUCUGCAAAGAGUGUGAGCAAGUCUUCCGCUGGAAGUCAAAUCUCCUUUUCCACCAGAGAACACAUGGCGGGGAGAAGUCACAUGUGUGCAAGCAGUGUGGGCGAGUAUAUAUCCACAAGUCAAGCCUUCUUCAACACCAGCGGACACACACUCGAGAAAAGCCAUAUGUGUGCAAGGUGUGUGGGCGAGCCUUCAGAUGGUCGUCAGAUUGCAUUAAACACGAGAAAAGACACACUGGGGAAAAGCCAUAUGUGUGCAAGGUGUGUGGGCAAGCCUUUACCCGGAAGGGAAGUCUAGAGAAACACCAGAGAUUAUACUCUGGUGACAAGCCUUUUGUUUGUAAAAAUUGUGGGCAAGCCUUUCAUAGGAAGUCAAGACUCUUUUUACACCAGAGAAUACACGGUGGGGAGAAGCCCUAUGUGUGCAAGGAGUGUGGACGAGCCUUCACAUGUCAGGCAGAGCUCACGAAACAUGAGAAAAGACACACUGGGGAAAAGCCACACGUGUGCAAGGAGUGUGGGAGAACCUUCAUAUUUCAGGCAGAGCUCACGAAACAUGAGAAAAGACACACCGGGGAAAAGCCACACGUGUGUAAGGAGUGUGGAUAUGGCUUCCUUUUGAAGUCCCAGCUUAUCGUGCACCAGAAAAGGCACUCUGGGAAAAAGUCAGCUGUGUGCUAGGAGUGUGGGCAAGCCUUUAUUUGGCAGUUACAGCUUGUCCGACAUCAGAAAAGACUGUUGGGGGAAGUCCUGUGUGCCAGGAGUGGGCAAGCAUUUAGGCAAAGGUCUAAACCUUUGCGACCAGCAUAGGAGACACUGGUGGAAAUCUACAUGUUGUGUGCAAGGAGUGUGACUCAGCCUUUAUUGGGAAGUCACAGUUCAUCAUCAACCAGAGCCUCCACGCUUGUGACACGCCACAUGUGUGAUUCCAAAUGGCGUCAUUUGCAUGAUUACCAAUCUAUGACCCUGAUAGAUGACAGAUGUCUCACAUUUGUAUCAUUCUAGCCAGUGAUUUGGUAGCAGUCACCAAGAUUGGCUCAAGGUGCCCUGCGAAGUUAUUCAAUGGAGAGAAACUACCCUUAGGAAUGCCCAAAAGAAAAAAAUCUCCUGAAUGUAAUUGCAAAAUGCACCGAUGUUUCCCGAUAGGUUAAGUUUGUGGGUGGAGCUAUUGAACACCCACUCUUAAGUGGGACCGAGAACAAUUGUACACAUCUGAAGGGAGCUUAACGGAUAUCUGAGAGAAGCAGGUGGUUUAAUGGGUAUCCCAAGUAUUUCAUAUCUGAAUAUUUGUUUGUAUUUCUUUAACAACAUGAAGCACACACGUGAGCAGUAAGUCUUCAUACAUGUCAAGUUCCUUGGGGUUGGUUUUGACUCCUAACCACCCUAUAGGCAACACAAGGAAACACUGUACACUCCUGGUCCACCCUCACAAUGGUUCUUAUGUUUGAGCCGUUUUUGCAACCACUGUGCCCAUCUAUGUUGUCAUGGGUCCUCUUUUGUUUUUUUAAUUUUUGGGGGGUCCUCUUUUUAAUUGCCCUCACUGUACACCAUGGAUGAGACCCUCACACAGUGGAGUUUCCUGAUAACAUGGGCAUGAGAGGAAAUGGGGCAAUCCUUGCCUCUAAUGAGGAUCCUGGCCAUACGUCUUCUAAGACAUUGUAUACAUUUUUGAAAUUCCAUAGUACUUUCAAUAAAAUGGCAGGCCUCAAAAAUGCAUAAAACACAUAAAAAGAAUUUUAUGAUCCAUUCUCUGAACAUCUAAUUUUCAUCUGAUUACACUGAUCAUUCCUACAUUUCUCAUGAAAGCCAAAGGGGUCAAUGCAAAUGUAGGAAUUAAUAUUGCAUAGUCUUGUUUGAACCCUUCAGAGACAAUUGAACCAUACAAUGAUACAUGUAAAAACUGCAAAAAUUGUUUCAAAGUGGUUGAUGGGAAUUUCAAGUAAUGCCGUCUUGCUCAUAAUCCAUAUCAGUACAUAAACAACUUCCAGAAAAUCAAGCUGCACUCAAAAAAGCAUUGCUGGUGAUGUGAGCUACGUUUUGGUUCUGUGGCCUUUUUCUAGAUGUUCUAAUGCUGAAAGAGGUGUUUUGAUAACUUCACAACUAUUGUAGUUUAAUCAGUUUCUCCCUUCAAUUGAUCAGUGUUUGUUUUCUAAGUAAACACUGUUGAAGGAAUAUAUAUUUGAUUCCUCAAUUUUCUUGAUAAAUUGACCCUUUUAUCACUAUGUAAUAUGUAUGUUUAUCUCCUCACAAGUUUUGUAUUAAAGUCAGCUUUGUCUGAUACUGAGAUAUGAAUCCCAGCUAUAUCUUGGUUCUACUAUAUGUGUGAGUAUUUUAUCCAUCCUAUCUCAUUAACCUAUUUGUAUGGGUCUACGGAAUGUCUCAGGGAUAUUGUAUAUACUCGGAUGAUUGUUGUGUUAGUUGGAUGAUGUUUUUAAGCCCAUUACAAUUCUGUGUUUCCAUUGGAGUAUUUUGUUCAUUAAAUCCAUUGCAGUUAAUCAUAAGGAGUGACUUAUUCACUCAAGUGAAAAUAA